AUGCCAACAUACGUCACCGUGGUACUUGGCCUGUUCCACCGAGUUCUCAAUAGAACGCUCCCUGCUCUAGGUCGAAACAAACACAACACCCACUACAAAACUCACGCCCAACCUCCCCCACACCACACCACCGCCACUAGAUCCACAACUACAAAGUUGACCCACCAUCUAUACUCCCAACCCACCCCUUCACUGCCACACCACACUGCCAUACAGGCAUCCGUAUACUGUAAUUUGAGUCUAUCGUUUUGUGCUCCACGAGGCUGGGGGCGAGUUUGGUACGCUUGGGAUAAGCGUGGGAUAAGCGCAGAGUGUCACAUGUUUCUGUUUCUGUUUCUCGAUCUACGGUCACAUGGUUACUUCUGUUCGCUUCUCUGCCUUGCGCUUGCUUCUGCCGUCUACUUGAAUGAUCUCUGGAAGAGAAAGAGUUUGCCGGUGACGUUAGCUGCUUUGGCGAGGUGUUGCAUGAUGGAGGUACAGGCUGAUAGAUCAAAGGGUUUGCAGGGUGUAGAGGAGAAGAUAUAUUCCAUCCUCUAUCCAUCUCCACCUGGGCUUUCCACACUCGCCCCCUAUCGAUAUACUCCCGCUGACGGAACGGCAUCCAUCCAAGCGAACAAGUUUCACUACAUUGGCAUCACCUGGAACCAGUGGGCUUGUAAUCAUGAUCCCGUAGUUCAAGUUUUUGAGUUCGGGUCGGAACUACGUUCAGUAAACUUGGCGAAUUAUGAGUCUAGACUUGGAAUGGUUCGGGGCGGGACAUGGUUACAUGGACUGGGGUUCAGCGGCGCCAUCUAUCCUCCUGCCGGGGAUGGAACUUGUUACGUCUAG